CCGGAGACGACGACGACGACUCCUGCCCGGACGGUCAUCAAACGCCGAGCUGCAGAAAAGAAACCGCGCUGCCGACGCCGCCGCCGCCGCCGCUUCCUGUCAAUGCUCCUGUGCGCGACGACGAGACCGCGUAUACCCGUACCUGCCGCAGUAGCCGCGCGUCUCUCUGCAGCUAUUGCCGCCGGUCCGUCCGGGAACACGACGGGUCAUUGAUUUCGCUCGGUCCUGUUCGCCGCAGUCGUUGCGCCGCCACCGACGCCGACGUCUCUGUAAACACUUCGGCCGAAUAUCGUAUUAUUAUUAUUAUUAUUAUUAUUAUUUUUAUUUGUUUAUUUUUUUUUUUCCACUAUAAUAAAUAUAGCCCGUUAUUAAUUUUCCCGUCGAUAUUUUUUGACCAUAAUUAUAACACUAUAUUAUAAUAUACCACUGUUACAUACAAAUAUAUUUAUAUAAUAUAUCGUAAAAAAAUAAUAUAAUAAUAUAUGGUAGAUCGCUAUCGGUAAAUAAUAAUAGAAAAAAAAUAGUUUCGUACAAUCGGAAAAUUUUGGAAAAUUUCGUCUAUCGGCCGAUAACUCGCGUUCAACGGUUCGUCGUCUGCCACACGGGUAAGUCGUACGUUAACGUUAUACACACCUGUAUCCCUCCACAGUAAAUUAUUAAGUAUUCACCGGGGGGAAAUAUUAUAUUUCGUUUUUAUAUCGAAAUAUUCAUUUCGCGGGGUUUUCGCGGAAUACGAAUUCGAUCGCCAAAAAAUGAUAAAAAUAAUGUUUCGACGUUUACAAGAACGGAAAAAUAAAUCCGUUUCGUUUUCAUAAAGUUAAUUAUUGUCCUAAAGAUUGCGCAGGUUGCGUAGUCAGUCGUCUCGAAUUAACGUUUGACGAUAAAGCGGUUCAAUUUUUAUAAAAAAAAAAACACAGGUGCACGCGUCUCGAAAUGGUAUAUAAAUUUGUACGCUCGCCGGACUAUACACUUCCUGUACUUUCGUGCCAGUGUUCACUGAAAAAAAAAAUUUACGUUUUAAAAGGUGUCGCAAAUUUCGCGAAUUUUCAACUUGAUUUCCCGCGGCAUAUAACUUGCGAUAACAAACUCGUUUUUUUUUUUUUAUAAUUUAUAGGCGGUUACCUGUUAUAACAUUAUACACGUUUUUACGCGCUUGACAUUUUGUUUAUAACGAUAAUAUCAUUGCAGUCCGUUACACGUAUUUGAACCGGAGGAGAAGAAGAAGAAACGGAACCGCGCUGUUUUUUUUCCUGUGUGCACCAAUGACCGUCAUUCCGAGACGAACUGCGUCAUGCGGUUGAGGAGACAUCAACGACAGUUCAACGAGAAAACGAAUAUUGUUUUGCCGAUUUGCACCGCCGGUGUCGCAUAACACUACUCGAAUUAACCGCAGGCGAAAAACAAGAAAUAAAAGAAGAAUAUUGUCGUCUCGUAUACCCGAAAUCAUAUAAUACUCUUAUCGGCAUUACAAUAACAAUAUUCGUCGCGAGAUUAACGGGACACAUCGAAUCCUACAGGUGAAUAUUAUUUAUUAAUUAUUAUUAUUAUUAUUAUUUUUUUUUUACGAUAAUUUAUUAACUUUUCAAACGUCUUAUUACCUAUCGAGUAACACGACAACACGCAUAUAUUAUAUUUAAUAUCAUUAUACCUAAUCGAAAAAUAGUCUAUUAUUUUAUCCGAAAUCGCGAUCUACGUAUAUAGACGACCCCGUAUUGGUGUACAAUAAUAUUUCACGUUGAGUUUUUACGUAAACUGUAUUCAUAGUAACGAUUUGCGCGAAUGUAUUAUUUUUAAGUCGUAUACCUACGUACAGUGGCGUGAUUUCGUCCGAUGCAGUUUGCCUGGUGCGAUUGCGCCAGCCCUUAAGGCGAUGAUUUAGAGUUUGUUUGACGUAUAUUUGAAAACUUGAAAUUGCAAUAACGGGUUAUGUGCCAAUUGAUUUCUGCCAGUUAAUUUUGAAUUAUUUUCGUUAUAAUCUCACCAGCGGUUCCGGCGCAUAGUUCUCACGUCAUUUUGUUGGGCCUUGCAUUCACUACUAUUAUGGGUCAUGAGGUUAUUGGCAAGGUUUAUUGCUCAGUUUUUCAGGUCUAAAUCAAUUUUUUUUUGACCCUUGGCACGUCAUUGAUUUCAAGUUUUCAUUUAUUAGUUUUUUCUUUUUUCAUGAUCUCGCCAGGGACUGAUGUUUUGUCACCACGUCGCUUUUUUCAAUAAAAUAAAAAUAAAAAAUUAAUAAAUCCCAAGAUUUUAAAGUAUAUUCGCGUUCAUAUAUGAUAUUAUAUUAUUAUUGAAAUGUAUCGAGAAACGCGUAUUUUAUACAUAUAAAUAUGUAUCGUAAUUCUUUCGACAGGCGUAAUACCAUGAAAUUUUAUUUUAUAGACGGUCACUUUUAUUGACCUCAGUUGCCAUAGGUAAUAUAAUUGUACGCAGGAGAAUGACCCAUUCAUUGUGGUUCUUCCUAUUUUUUUUUUUCUAAACGAAAUUCUUUUAGCAAAAAAAAAAAAAAAUACAAGUGGAUACUACAAAAACGUCACAAAAGCGUCAUAUUAUAUUUGCUCGGAUUUUCGUUUUAAUUUAUACCUGUAUAUUAUUAUUAAUAAACAACUUAGUUGUAAGGCAUCAACGAUCCUAACACCGCCGGGACGAAAUCUCGUUGAUGUUAUAAUAUUGUAUCAUUUGUUGUGAUGAGCGGACAAGGAAUGAUGGUUUUUUUUUUUUGUAAAACUUUUCUACCAGAAAUUUUGCUUCUAUUAUAAAGUAUAGCAUUUUUUCUGAAAGGAAAUUUGAUCUUAGGAAGAUAAUUUUUUUGAUUUUCGCAUGGGUUUUCAUAUUAAAUGGAAAAAACCCGGGAAAACACAUGAAAAACGGGAAAAUUUACGAAAUAUAUAAAAUUCGAAUCAUAAAUAUUACGGCAUUUCAAAACAUGUACAGCUGAACAUGCUCUCAGAAUCGUUUUUAAAGCAAUGAUUAAUCGUUGCGUACAGAUAUACAUACAAUUUCCCCUAUACCUUCCUAACUUCUUACAGUGACCCGCCUAUCUGUCUUUCUGUAGAACAAGUUAUGUAGUAAAAAUUUGUUAAUGUAAAACAAACCGGAAAAUGCUUUUAAAAUUGGCUUUAGAGAUGAAACACUGGCAAUACAAUUUUUUAAAUGACAGCAUUCCGAAGAAAACUAAGCUAACAGUUUUUAAAAUAAUAAUAAUUACAAAAGUAAUCAUUUUUUUUUUCAAAAGGCCUUUUCGUUUUUACCCGUUUUUUCGAAAUCACACGACAAAUGCAGCCGUGAUAACUUGAGUAAUAAUAUAAUAAAAUACCAUAUAUAAUAAAAUUACAGAUACCUGUAAAUUAUAAUGGCUCUGUAACAUGUAAAUGUGUUGCACAAAAACAUUUUGUAAUGAGUCUGUAAAUUAAAAUAUAAUGAUAACACUGGUUACCGGAUAAAAUAAACCAUUUUUAUUUGUUAACCCUGAACUACGGCUGUCUUACUCGAGUAGGUAACAGAGAUCUGAAUAACGAUAAGUAAUAAAACUGUGGCAUUUUCCUCCAACCAAAACAAAAAUAAAAAAUGAAUUUUAUUAUUUUGUUAUUAGCCAUUAGGUUAGUAUCUGAGUCGUUUGAAAUCUACCCCAUCAAACUCAAUCAGUGGAUUCGACCUAUUCCGGAUAUACUCGUAUUUUGGUCUCAUCACCUCACUUAUAAAUUCAUCAUCACUUAAUGAUGAUCAGGAUAACAAAUCCAUAAUUUAAGUUAAGUUAUUCAAAUUAAGGUAUAGGUAUAUAAAUUCAGAAACAAAAAAUCGAUCAGAAAUUUCGGCCAUAAAAACAUUGAUAAAAUUGUAAUAUCGAUCUAUAAAUCGUUCAGCAAAGAAUUACAGAUACGAAUUUGGUUCUGUAAAUUAUAGUCAGUUGCAGGUCUGUAAAUAGUUAACAGGUUUGUAAAUAAUACAAAACGUUCGAGCAACACCCGAUCUGGUUUACAGAUCUGUAAGUGCGCUAAUGGUUCUGUAUGUCCUUACAGAACGUUUGUGCAACUCAGUCUUACGAACUAUUAUAUAUUUUUCGUUAUGAGCAGAAUGAUAAUCAAGUUAUCGCAUUAGAAUAAUUAGGAGAAUGUCUCAGAAUGCUUUUGCCAUAUGAUAUAAUAACAGACUUUUUUUUUUCUUACGAUUUUCAAUGUUUAUCGAAAGGACUAUAAAGAUAGUUGCCUAAAUGAAUAGUAAUUAUUAUUUAAUAGGUAUUUAUCUACUACCGCAGGUAUCGAUGUAUAUUAGUAUCCUACAUAAUAAUUACAGUAUAUAUAGAAUAUUAAACUAAUAGAGCAGAAACAAACGAUGGUGAUUAGUGUCAACGGUAUAUAAAUAGCAUUAAAACAAAAAAAUAAAAAAAUUAGUGUCAACGAAUUAUAAUAAUAUUAUAAUGUUCAGUUGAUUCGUUUUUCAUUAUCAAUCGGUGUAGUAUAUUUAUUUUUUUUACCACCAAAAUAAUAGUAUAUUUUAUGGCUAAGUAAAAAAAAAUAUAUAUAUAUAUAAGUAUAAUAUUGUAUUAUUUAAUGGGGUUUACUACCUAAUAUACCGUGAUCCGUGAGCUGUAAUAGAAAAAUGUAUUAUACAAAAAAAAAACUACCUAAACGCGAUUUUUUUUUUCUUAUAUUCCUGCAGUCGUUUUCCGUCGUAUUCAAUACACGUUUGUAUAUAGUAAGUUUAUAAUUAAAUCGCGACAUUGUAUUCAAUUCCGAUCGCAAUCGAUUAAAAAAAAAAAAAAAAAAAUGCAUACAUAUAAUAAUAAAAAUAAUAAAAUGAAGAUUUAUUAUAUAUAUGUAUUAAUUUAUUAUCUAUAUACACUUAGAUCUUAUAUCUGCAGCACUAUUUCGGGUUAUAAAUUACCUGACUUAACAAUACAUUUUGAAACAAGUCAAUAGAUAUAAUUUAGACGUGUUUUUUUCAUCAUAUGAACGCGAGAAACACAUUUGAAAAAAGAGCUGAUCUUGGGACGGGUAUGCGACUGUUGUAGGUGGGAAGUUGGGAAGAUAGAAUAAGUACUUAAAUAUGUUUAAUUUAUAUUUAAUAUUUGGUUUUUCAUACGUUUUUUCCUACAAUUUUUCUCAAUUAUUAUGAAAACCACUUUAAAAAUCUAAAAAUUAUCUUGCUUAUUGCUUCAUCAAGAUCGAUAAUUCAACAAGAAAGUCUUUUUUUAUUUUUUGAUCAUAGAAAGAUUUCUAGUAGAAAAGCUGCUAACAAAAAAAAACACAAUAACAAUAAAAAGCUCAUAUCAUAGAAAAACUAAUACAUUACACGCUCUGCUCAAAAUCUAAAACACCAACUGCAAGGGUUUUUUUUAACAUCGUCACCGUACGCUGCAGUAAAUUUAAACUCAAAUAUUAUUAACUGUAGGAAAUUUGUUGAUUCUAAAAUCACAAAUAAAAUAGCAUAAUAUAAUAGAAACACGAACGGUGACGGUUAAAUGAUUUUGUCACUUGGAGGUAUUUGGCUGAUUUUUUAAUAUUUUUGACUAAUUAUUAUUAUUAACAUUAUUAUUUUUUUUUAUUUUAUAAAUAAAUAAGUAAUAUAAUACUUACCAUCGUAAAUAUUACAGGAGAAAAGAUGACGAGGGGAUAUGUACCCUCAACACCCGUUUGACCUCCCUUGAGAUUGAGAACAAUAUUUUAAAAACAGCUUACCGACGGUAAACCCAGACAGGUCGAGCCCUGUCUGUAACAAUAUUUUUAUCCGACGUAUAUUAGUAUACUAUCUAGUACAUUCACAAUAAAUAAAUAAUAAAAAAAAAAAAAAACAUAGGUAUGUAUUUAAUAUCGUGUAUUGUGUCUAUUAUACAGUUCUUAUAAAUUUUGAAUAAUACGUUUUCUAUAUAUGAGCGUUAAAAUUAAUUUUUAGGAAUUGAAAUACAUUUGAUCUUCAUAAUCAUAACCGCGUAUAUUGUCAGUAUGUUAUUAUAAUAUGCAUAUCCGUCUCCUUUUUACUAACAAUAAUUAUGAUCUUUAUAAUUACAUGUACAGCCGAUAUUAGGUAUAUAUUGAAUGCGAUUUCUCUCUCCGAGGAAAGUAGUGUAUACCUAUAUUAUAUGUUAUUUUAUUAUUAUUAUUAUUGUGGUACACACGACAUCCGCGUUCAGUUAUAGAUCGCUGAAUUGCUAAGACCACUGCAGACUAGGUACCUAUAUGGGUAACCUUUGUAAUACAAUAUUGUAUUAUUGCUACACGAAGACAAAACAAAACAAAAACAAAUUAUUUUUACGCCGAAUCAAAAUGAUUCUGUAUAAUGCAUAAAUAAUAGUCGUCAUCGUAGUAUUGGUACCUACGUCAAAACUAUUUAUUAGGAUACGCGGCGUAACGUUAUAUUGUUUGAAAAUUAAUAAUAUAAUAUAGUAACUCACAGUUAACCUAUAAAGUAUAUAAUAAAAUUAUCCAUAUAGAUAUUAUCGGACGGGAAUAAAAUAUUUAAAACGGUUUCCAUUAUAGACAAUUUCACGAAUAUUAAUUUCAUAAGCGAUUUCUAAAUCGACAUUUCUCAAAAACUUAAGAGGCCCGUCUCAGUAUAUUAUGCAGGCCUUUGCCGUCUCUGUUCAUUAUAAUAAUAUAAUAUAUACAUUGUAAAUAUUAUAUAUAUAUAUAUAUCAAAAAUGUAUUCAUUUAUUAAAACAAACAAAUUUCGAAAAGACCUUUGCAAUCGAUUUUGUAGAGCAUUUUGUAAAAAAUCUAUUUAUUAUUGAAUCGAAGACAAUUUCUCCGGAGUUUCUUUUUAUUAAUUUAGUUAAUUCGGUUGUUUAAAAUACGUAAAAUACGAUAAUUGUUUCUAUACCUUUGGCAAUGAUAAUACAAUUCAUUUAUUAAACAGACUGUAGAGAAUUGUAUAAAAUGUCAACAUGAUUGUCUUCAAAGUGCUGUCAUCCACAAAUAGUAGAAAUACAUGUUUUAUCUCUAAAACUGAUUUUACAGGCUAUAUUAUUGUUUGUUUAAAACGAUUAACGUUUUAAACGAUUUAAACGUUUUGCUGCAUUACAGCCCAUUUAUAAAAACAUAGAGAUAGCAAAAUAUCCUAUUUUGACGGCUUUUUAAAGUUAAACGUUUAUAAUAUAUUAUCUGCGGUCUGUUAUGCAAAAUCCGUAAUAAUCCGACAUAAAGUCUAUUAUAAUAUUAUUAUAUGGCUUGUCAGUGACGAUUAUCAAAACAUUAUAGCAUAGGAUCUGUUGUGCUGCAGUGUCCUACAAAUAUAAUAAAACUCGAACGAAAUCUCCAAUUUCCUGCGUAUUAUAUUAUUAUUAUUUUUAUUUAGCUUGUAUAUUAUUAUAUUAUAUUUUCCUUGUCAUCGUCGCGGCAUCUUAUAUAUUAUUGCAAUCUAACGACCGGUCAACGAACUACGCGGUCGAUAUUAUAAUAUUAUACACAUAUUUAUUUUUUUUCGUACAUAUCGAUUGCAGAAAAAAACACGACUAAAAGCCGUUCCGAAUCUAAAAUCACGAAAGCCCACCACCGCGAGUUAGGUAUACAUUAUAUUACGCAGGUGAAUUCGUCUCGUGAGAUGUUCCGCAACUAUAUAGGUAUAAUAGUAUUAUAUAGGUAUAUAUAAACGGUACAUUAUCUUUAUCGUUUGCGUCGUCUCGAAACCAAAAAAUAAUUUUUUUCACGUGACUACGACGAUGUAUUGUUUGCACAGUUCGUUUAUAUACAAUUAUUAUGUAUUAUUGCCUAUAUAUACAAGACGAUUAACGGCGAAAAAGGGAACCAUUUGUGUGUCUAUAAUUUAAGGAAAACGAGCGCGUACAUGGUAAAAAAAUAUUAUUAAGUGCAUCAUUGUGAGUUAAAUAAAAAAAAAACACAAUAUAAGAAACGAAAAAUUACUCCAUGAAGAAGCGACUAUCUUCAUAACAGAAAGCCAGCUGAUCAUCAAAGAAGCACUGAUCUUUAUCAAGACUACGAUGGACGACAAAAUACAGCUUCUCAGCUUCUAAAUCAUUAGUUUCUCGUUGAGCGUCUUUUUAGCUAUCGAUUCACCCAUUUCCUCAAACGAGAUAGUUCAUCAAAUCGACAACAUUAUUAUCUCAAUUCAAAAGACAAUCGAAUUCAUAUGGCUCCCUAUUCUCAUACCGACAUUACAGGAAAUGAAAAAUUACAUUAGCAAACGAAGCAAUUACUUGUCUUACAAGUGGAAAUACACUUUUGUAAAUAAAAAAAAAAUAUAAAUAUUAACACAACUAAGACGUGCCAAAUAUCUUGGGAUGAAACACAAAUCAUCAACUAUUAAUCAUUAACUUUACAUAUACUUAUGUAAUAAAAUACGAAGAACAACCCCACUGCAGCUAAUGUGACAGAGCUUUCACAAUAAAAUACAUAGUCCUACAAUACUGUUUGCUAUUAUCACCACCGCUGAUACAUCCUCAACCAUACAACAACAAUAUAAGAAGCAUUUGGAGAACGUACACACACGUAAUUAACAGCUUUUUCAAAACCAUCGGCCUCGAUAUUAAAAUUGUCAAAUCCUUUUAAAUAACUAAAAAUACAAAUGUAUGUUUAUACGAACCUUACAAGGUAAAUUAUGUAUUGUUAGGCAAAUACUAAUCACUAAUAAAUUUAUAAUGUAAUCGUUGGCUAAUCUAGCAGUUGAAGCCUUAUUAUCUAUAAAUAAAAAGUAAAAGAAAAAAGAAUUGAGAACAUCCAUUGUGUAACUAUAAUAUAAUAGAUUUCGAUAAAAAAAAUAAGCAGUUAAAAAAAAUCACAAUUUUAUAAAAUGUAUAGGCGUCACAAAUAUCUGACAUCCGAAAUAAAUUUUGUUCUGUUCAAUAGAGUAUAGUAUUUAUUUUUUUUAUGAUAAAUAGUGGAGCCUAGCACUAAGAUUUUUCUAUUUUCUAUUUUUAUAAUUUUUUUUAAAACUACAAAUAAAUAAUUUCAAUUUUUAAAAAAAUUGUUUUCACAAAAUUUAAGACAGCCACUUUAUAAAUAUAUUUUAAUGUUGUAGAUUUUGAAACGAAACAUCAAUGAAAAAAAUAUUUACUAACGAUGAAUCGUGUUAAUUGUCUACAAUUCUUUGAAAUUUACGAUAGUUUAAAUUGAUUUCAUUGCCACUACUAAAGUAUAAUAUCAAUCGAUUUGUCAAUUUAUCCAUGAAAAAUAAUUUUCUUAAUAAUUUUUGUAAACUUCAAGAAAUUGUAAAGUGUAACGAUUCGUUGUUUUUAAAUAUUUGAAACGCCAAAAAUUUCGUUUCAAAAUAUAUAUUUAUACGAUUUCCCUAUAUUAUCUUGGACUUCGACAAUUAUCAUUUAUCUUUUAAAUCUAUUGUCUUGGAUUUUUUAAAAACAUGGUUUUUUUAAAUUUAAGUUUUAUGAAAAUAUAAAAUAGAGGGGUCGUAAUUCGUGAGUCGAGGUUCUAGAAAUCAUACGAAAAAAAAACUUAAAAAUAUCGAACAGAACUAAUGUUAUUUCAAGCGUCAGAUCUUCAUGUUACACCCUGUAUACUGCACUAUUAUAAUAUACGAAACCCGCGCGUCAAUUAUAUUGUAUAACUUGAAAACGAAUCAUUAGGAGUCGAAGAAAUUGACUACUAAUGUCCCUUCGAAUGCAUAAAUUCGUGGGGUUUUCGAACGUAAUUUGCUCGUCGUCGUAACGAAAUCACGAGACCAAAAAAUAGUACCACGGAUAUAGAACAAUACCUGUAUAAAAAACGCGCUAAUAUAAAACUACGUUGGGUGUUUGAGAAUCUAGUCAAACAGGAUUUUUACACGCCGACGACCGUUAUAUUCACUCACUUACAUUAUAUUAUAUUAUAUGUCCGUUAUUAUAGGUAUACACAUACGUAACAAUAUAUAACUCGCGCGGACGAGAAGUAACAACUGGUCGCGGUAGUUACUCGCUGUAAUACUAUUAUUUUAUCGGAAAUUCUAUACCUAUCUGUAAGUUUUUAUAUACAUGGCAACGCGAACUAAUAACGUUUAAUUGCGUUCCCAUACCCGACGGAUAACACUCGUGAUGAGUUUUUUCGUUGGUCGACACGACUCUGUUAUCUCACAGUAGAGUUUUUUUUUCUACUACAUCGUGCUAUAAUACUGUGUUCCUGUACAACCGUUCCGAUCUCGCGGACUCUCACGGGGGUUUUAAAAUCUGUUUCCACUAUAAGGUUUAAAAGCCAUUUUUUCCGCCGUCUAUAGGAUAUACAUAUUGUUUACGCAAAAUAUGCGUACGUACAUUCAUGAUAUAGACGUACAGGAUCGGCGGAAAUUGUCCGGAGUAAUCUGAAAAUCUUUCGACCCCCAUUACCCUCCCCCCAAUACCCCACGUCCAGUUCUCUCCUUUAUUAGGUCACGGUGAAUAGGUAUAAAUACAAUAUUAUAACGAAAUUCGGGACGACGACGACGGUGCCGCCUCCUCGUACGUGGCAUCUAUGUAGACGACUGGGAAACAAACGGUAUUUCGACGUUUUCGCGUUUUUCUACGACGGCGUGUACGCACGAAUAAUAUUCUUACCCGCCUAUAAUAAUAAAUAAUAUAUACGAUUCCGUGUAGUUGUAAGUAGCAUUAUAGUAACAGUAGUACGAGACCGCGGAGUCGUUGCUUUAUAUUGUAAAAAAACGUUAUACAUGACUGCGCCAAGAGGACCGGGCACGACCCAGCGGCGGCGGCGCAAGGUCAUUGAGAUUUCUUUUCGACGUGUACCGUUAUGAUUCACACUACACCGUUGUGGUCGUGUGUACCGCGAUGAUGUCCGUACAGAAAUAAUAGUAAUGAUAAUGAUGAUAAUAAUAAUAGUAAUAUCUUCCUGGUAAUACACAAGUUUUACUUCUUUGCUUCGCCGCAGCCGCCGCCUCUCAGUCGAAAUGAACGCGUUUUUUAUUUAUUUUUUUUUUUCGUCGUGCUUACGUGUAAUACCUAUAUACUCGUUUUUAAGUAUCGCACGAACGUGUACCCAUAUAUGAAUUGGUGUGACACGUACGAUCACGUCCACACAGCGUAUAUACGGCGAGACGGCGACAUUUUUUAACGCGGUCGUACCUAUAUACCUACAUAAUAUUAUUAUACGCGCAGUGCAUACGGAUAGUGACCCGGUAUUUAAAUUUUAGGCGUAUUGACCCACCAAAUGGGAAGUCUUACGGUAAGACGUGGCUAGAGGUUUUAUACCCGUGUGGACUUUGUUCUUUUACGUGGUAACGUUAGAUAAAAAAAAAAAAACGUGGGAAAACUAUAGUCAAAAACGAAAACGAAUCACGGUUGCCACGAUUAUUGUGGUUGAUGAACCGUUAGUCGUGACCAUUACUGAUUAGAACAUUAAAAAUAAAAAUAACCGGAUAAAUAGGUACUCGAAUUUCGGAAAGGAUCCACUCGGUCGGGUUACCCUGCAGUGCUCGUCAUCAUUACGUGCGUAGAUAUGCAUAUUUUUUUAAUUUUUACAAGUGCGAAUUUUGGUGCUGAACGUCUGCUGCGGCAACAAUAACGCUCGCGAUUGUUUUUAUAAUUUGUGAGAAAAAACGAAUCUAUAAAAACCAAAACCAUGCGGUUCUAUGUAGGCGUAUCCCGUUUCAUUAUCACGGUCACGGCGCAUUUCCGCGCACUUCGAAACGCCGUCAGAGUGUGUAAACAUAACUAUAAUAUCGUAUACCGCGAGCAAUCGAGCUCUACGGUUUUUUCGUUAUUUGAUCGAUGAUCGAUCGAUCGCAGUAUUAUUAUAUCCAUAACCCGAAAUACCGAAACUUUUAAUGUACAACCGUAAUAUGAUAUUAUUAUUGCCUUAUAUACGUUAUUCGUAUCGUAUUACGGGAUAUAGUGACGCGUUCUCCGAGUCAGUGUAAAUAUUAUAAUACACGAAAAUGGUACACUGACGGCGGUGACCCGAUAACUAUAUUAAUGAUAAGAAUAUAUUAUCGCCGUUAUCAUUCGCGCUAUUGUAAUGUAUAAGAGCGUAUAGUUUUGCAUGCGAAUAUAACCCAUAUAUUUUGUAUAUUUUAAAUCGAAUAAUAAUAAUUGUAUGCUGUUGAAGUAUUUUCGCAACAUAUUGUAUCUAUAUAUGAAGCUUUUCACGAAUACUUGCUAUUCGAAUAAUAUAUUGCAUGCUUUUCGAUUAAUAUGACAUAAUGUAUAGGACUUGUUAUUGGCUUGUCGUAAAAAAAAAAACCGGCUAAAAAAAAAAUAUUUUUGUUUAAUAUAUAAAUAAUGCUGAAAUAAUCUUUUAAUAAAGUGUUGAUAUGUAAAUCGAAUUAUAAUAAUGGUUAAUUAUAAAUAGAAUUUUAUUCUAAUUGUUUAGAAACAACAAAAAUGACAAUUUUAAAAAAACGUUACUUUUGGUCCAAGAAGAUCUGUUUAUUUUCAUUGAUAUUUUAAAAUUAAUAGGAAAAAAUCUAAGUAUCUUCGCUCUUCAGAACAUAUUAGUCAUUUUAAUUUAAAUUCUGAACGUUUAAAAUAUUUUAAACAAGCGUUUAAAACACUUCACAACUCUGGGUACUAUAUAUAUAUAUACUAAUUUAGAUUUGGAGUGUAAUAAGGAAUGUAUUGGUUUUGCAAUGAGGUUUAUUUAUUAUUAUUUUUUUAAUCUGUGAACAAUUUUUCUACUAGAAAUCUUAGUCCGAUAUUCAAGAGUAGUAUCUUUUUUAAAUGGACAUUUUAAAUGGGUGAUACUUUAAUGAGCUCAUUUUUUGAUUUUUCAAGCGGUUUUCAUAACAAAUGGAAAAAAACCGGAAAAAUUUCCGCACAUGUAUAAAAGAAACUUCGCUCUGAUUCGUUUUUCAUCAACAAUAAUGGUUUAUCGUUGCGUACAGAUAUAAAUUAAAUUCCCCUCUGUAUCUUACCUUUUCAACUUCUCACCUACAACAGCGGCCCACCCAUCGUGCGAAGUAUGUCCGUCUUUAUUUUAUUUAAUAACACAAUUUUUCAGCACAUCAGGCGAUAUUAGGUACAACUAUUUUUUUUUUUUUCUAGAAUAAAUUACCUAUAUUAAAUUAUUUACGACAUGAAUAUGAUUAUGAAACCUAAGGAUGGUAAUAUGAAUAAUAGUAUACUUGGCGUUGAUAGUAGGAUUAAUAUAAUAUUAAUAUAAUUAUAUAAUAACAGCAAUAGCAAUCAAAUUGUAGUAUUAGUACUUGUAUUUAAAAUAUAUAGGUCUUCAUAUUAUUCUGUUUAAAACCACUCGGCGUUUGUUGUGUAAUGUAAUACACGUAUAGAUACCUACAUAAAAUGUACAUCGGAAAUACCGAAGUUACAGGUGAAGGGUCAUAUAAUAUUGAAUACUAGGUAUCUGUUAGUUCCCGUAAAUCGUAGGUGGUCGAAAGUAUACGACCAGAAAUUUAAAACGCUACCUACCUAAAAAUGAGUCAGUAGGUAUUUCUGAGUAAUAAAUACACUCAUCCACAUGCGGCACUUUCUCCUGAUACUGCAUCAUAAUCAACUAUGUACCUAUUAUACACCACUUGUAGAUUAAAAACUAAAUAUAAUUUAUUUAAUGACGAUUCGAAUAUUGCCAUUGUAUCGAUAAAAAAUUAUUAAAAAAAAAUUACACAAAACAAUAAAUAUACACUUGUAUACGAGUAGGUAAACAAGUAGGUAUACAUAGAUUAUGGGUAUAUUUCCUAGCGGAGACUUAAAUGACUGAACGAUAUCAAAAAGUAGACGGUGAAUUUUCGACAUGUUUCACUUGAAGAUAAUACGUCGGUUUUACUUUAUCGUAAUAAUUCUUGAGGCUACCAAGCAUAAGUGACUCGUUUUAUUUCCUAAUCACCGUCAGUAAAAAAAAAAAGACUGAUUAUUAUAAAAUAUUAUUUGUCACGCGUGUUAUGACGAUGCGAUAUUGGAUAAACAAUCGUUACUAAUACUAUCGUUGUGCAUGAUCGUAGGGUCUGAUUUUACCACGAUGAUUUAUUUAUACGAUGACUUUCCCAAUAUACACACGCGUUCGUGAGUUCCUACAGAUGCUUAUCUCGGCGGUGAGUGUUAAAAAAAUCUGGGUGACGGGUUCAACGUUUAGAUAAUAAUUCGCUUUUAUACCUACAGGUACCUACUAUAGAAAAAAAAAAGUGUUUUGUUUUUUCGUCGCAGUAUAAAUAAUAAUAGGAACCGUAUUAUAAUAUAAUAUGUGUAUACUUAAUAAUAUUUUUACGGGUCACGAAUGCGAAAUAAAAAUCUAAUAAAGUGCUUGUAUUUAUAGUUUAAAGUUUACUUAUACGGUUUUUUACGGACGACCGAGGUUUUAAAUCGUUGUUUCAAUGUUAUUUCAUAAAAAAAAAACCCCACACGAAGUGACUUUUGGUUACCUACUGAACACUCGAGUCGAACUAUACUGGUACCUACAUUCGUGUACACCUACUUGUCACGUCAUUAUGGGUAGGUAUCCUAUUUGUGUGUCAGUAGACGGCUCGCCUUCUUCUUAAUAUAAUUAUUAGCCUCUCCUCGCGGAUCUAUCGUGCCAACACACACAUAUAUCCAUUAACAUUCCGAACGACGAUAUUAUUAUGUAUACCGUAACAACAGUUUGAUUUUAUUUUUAUCUGCGUCGAAUAGUGACCUUUUUUUCUAAUACCUAAGACUAAAGAGCAACGAAACAAAAAUUAAUCAAUUAGAAAUGAAAUGAAUCAUCGGAGAAAGAUAAUUAUAUUAUUAUGGGUAUAAUGUAUCGGAAAUAACACUCGUAUUAUUUAGUCCCCCUUAGCUCGGAAUUAAUUAUUUAGGUUAGGUCAAAUUAUAUAUUUAUGUACACUAAAAAUUCAUUGAACAUACGCUUUCUCCGACGAAUAAACAGGAACACAUUAGUACGAAAUACUAUAAUAUUUCAAAAUUCUUGCUCUAUAUAAAUAUUAUUUAAUUACUACGUACUUAACAAUUCAUCAGGUCGGUAUAGUUUAUAAACUUAUAGAUCGAUAGAUGUACCUAAUCGCGAUUCGCCUAUUUGUAAUUACAACAUAUGUGAUUUAAUAAAAUAAGUACAAUAUAAGUACAGCGGGAUUGUGGGGGUUUCUCCCUCCCCCAAAGAGGCACAUAACUUGUAUAACAUUGACAGACUACUUGGUAUGAUUUAAGUGGACUUGGCCGUCUAAAUCGUGUUAAUGCACCCCUAGCUCCCCCCCCCAAAAAAAAAGAAAACUUGUAAAUACUCAGUCGACACCUAUAAUAGUCACCGGUUCUAAGGUUUUUAUACCCGUUUAAAUUUCGUAUGAGAUUUUUUUCUUUCUUUCUGUAGUCGUUGUAAUAAUAGCGUAAAAAUUCGAUUUCGCAGGUAGAUUAUUGGACGUAAAAAGUCAGUUGGUCAGGCGAUAACAGGGGGAAUAACAGUAUACACCUGCCGGCUGUCUAAAUAUUUAUCUUAAGAUAAAUAAAUAUCCAGAAAAAUAAUUCGAUUGUGAAAUAACGAUACGCACAUAUUUUAUAUUUGUUUACGCGAUGUUAUCUAUAUACAUUUUUUUAAAACGCAGAAAAAUUAGUAUUCUUCCGGUCAUUCCUGCAAGUUAUUUGUGUGUGUGUACAUGUAUAUAUAUAUAUAUAUAUAUAUAAAUAUUAUAUGGGUAUGCGAUUUACAGUUAUGUCUUUCGUGAAACACUAUUAGGUAUAAUAUUAUAUAGAGACGGCGGCGGCAGCAGAAAUUACCAGAUAAUGCAAAUUCAUGACUCAAUAUUUAUAUAUUUAAUAUAUAAGAAUAUUGCAUUGCCGUGUAACUAGAUUUUUUUCUCAGGUUCGUCCUGAGAAUAAAUAAAAUAAAAUAAAUGCAAAACACGUAGGUACUUACCAAUCAUAAUAUGUAAGUAGGUACGUGGAAAAAAAACUUUCGCCGCCCGUUUUAAAUAAUAUUGUUGACCUAGAAACCGGGGUAUAUAGCCGAUAAUAAUAAUAUAUUCGACCUGCGUGUCAUAAUUCAUAACGUGUACUUCUAUACGCUACGUUACGUGUGUGUUUCGCGUUUCCGUAUAGCUAAAUAAUAUUGUCCGCGAAAAUUUAAGAUACACGCGGAAAAAAAUAACAAAAUAAUACAUUGUUCCAUUAUAAUACCUAUUAUGUACGGAAUAGAAUAUAUUAUGUACCUACGGUAUGAUUUAACGUUUACGGUAAAAUCGUCGGUGAGAAAUCCAAAGCUCGUGACGCAGUAUACGAUUAUAAUAUUAUUAUUAUUAUAGAAAGCAUAUUAUUAUAAUGUAGGUAUAUAGGUAUUAUAAUAAUGGAAAGUCAAUUGUUUGCGGACAAAUCGGCUGUAAAUAAUGAAUAAAACGCUAUGUGUAUUGUAAUAGUAUAUAUUUUUUUAUAGAUAGAAUUCUACAGAGACUUCGUGUGUUCGCAGCUUCGGGGAUCUGCGCCGGGGAGUGUCUCUCUUUUUCCCGUAUUGUGCGUGAACUAUUGCUCGAGAGGCAUAAAAAAAAGCACUUCUACCUACAAUAUUAUUACACUAACUGGGCACAAUAAAUUGUCCGUAAAUAAUCCAAUUUAAAUUUACCAAUUCGUCCAUUAUUGUUAAAUUGCUGCUGCGGAUGACAUAGCACCAAUACAAAUAUUAUAAAAAAAUAAUAAUAAUAAUAAUAAUAAAAAAUACUCGUACAAAACUUUACCUACGUUUUUCCUCUUUAUUAAAUAGCAGCAAUUGAAUUCGUUUACGCGUAUUAUAGUCUGGGUGGCCAGGCACUUAUACUUAUUUUUGUGGUAGUAGGCUAUAAGAAAAUAAUAUUAUAAUACAGUAGGUAGAUAUGAAAUUGAUUUUAUAAUUAAUUAUAAUUUAUUUAACCAAUAUUGACCAAGUUUGACCAAUAUUUUGCAUGUUUUGUUUUUAUUUUUCCAUUUCGUAUUUUUCAAUUGGUCGUAAAAUUAUAUUUUCUGUAGAUUUUCAAUGGUACCUAUGUAUUUUAGGUGUAUUUUAUAUUGUAUCUGCGGCAAUACAUUUUCGAAACUUACACCCGGAUAGGAACAUGUAAUAGGUCAUUUUAUGAAACAUAUUAUAUUGUUCUUAGGCGUCAUUGCGGGGUAUCUAGGGGUAUCAUUGUCCUAUGAGUUAUUUAUAAAAAAAAAGUAUAGUCUUGUUUUUCCUCAUAAUAAUAUGAUCACACUAAUGUAAUAAUUAUUAUGGUAUCGGCUAUAUUGAAUUUUAACGCAUAAAAAGAUCAGCCAAUUGAUGAUUUAAUAUAUUUCUAUACCUAAUUCUGAUGAACAAUUGACUAUGGCUUAUCGAUUAUCCAUCGACUACUGCUCCCUCACUUCAUUAGACCAUAACUGAAUUAAAAAUAUUAUUCAAGAUGCUUGAUGAUUUUUUUCUUGCUACCCCAUGAUAUUAUUUCAAAUAACACUUAUGAUAUUGUUUUUUUAAAUGAGUAAAUCAGUAACUAUUUAGGUAGACAAUCAAAUGUUCACAAUAAUACUCAUUAUAUAUUAUAUUAUUAGCGUACAGAAAAUUAACUUCAUUACGAGUCUAAAAUUCUGAAUGUUCGUAGGUAUAGUUAUUUGGUCUAUAGAAUCAAAUGUUAUGCUAUAGCUAUUAUCGGUAUACCGACCUACACUAAAAAUUAUUUUCUCAUAAGUUAUUUAAUACAAUAAUGUUAUGCAUGAUGCAUAUUAGAAGAGCACACAGGUGCAGUAGGAUGUAAUAGAGUGUAAUAGGGCUUCGAACACGUUUUAGAGAGUUCAAACUAAUCCACUUUGUUCAAGGUGGGUUAGUCACCAGCUAACAGAUUAAUUUUAAAGAUAGUAGAUACAUCGUAAAUCUUGUAGUACAAUUAGUACAAUACGAAUACAUUUUUAUUUUUAUUUUUUUUUAUAAUAACAACACAUAUACAUAAUUCGUAAAGAUGUUUUGCGAAGAUCUGUUAUUUGGAAGUGGCAGUGAUUAUCGUAAAUUAUCGUAUUAUAUUAUAUAUGUACGCAACGAUUAAUCAUUACUAAUGAAAAACGAUUUUGAGCGGAGCAUGGUCAAUAAUAUUGCUUUUUCAACAAUGUGUGUUUUCAAGACAACAACGAUUAUUUAAAAAAUAUUAAAAUAAUAAAAACUUAAUAAUAACAAAAAAUAAAUAAAAAUGGUUGCCAAUAACAAACUUAUUUUUAAUAUUUUUUAAGCUAAAGCACCAGUUUAUUCUAUCAAAUAUUAAAAAUAGUUAAUAACAAUAUGCAAAAUAUCAAAAAUAUUAAUGAUAAUUUAAAAAAAAAAAAUGGAGAUACUCUAGAUAUUGGUCAUUGUUGUCCGUGAGAAAUUGGGAAUACAAAGAAUAUUGAGUAAAUAGAGGAAAAUUUAAUGAAAGAAAAACGACUCUGAGCAGAGUUAGGUUAUACAUGUUUUGAAAGGCCAUAAUAUUUACGAUUUUAAAAUAAUAUAUUUCCAAAAUUUGUCCUUUUUUCCAAUUUAUUAUGAAAAAAUCAAGAAAUUCAAUAAAGUACCACUCUAAUUAAAUUUCCUUUCAAAAAAAUUGCUACGCUUAAAAAUCGGAACAAAAUUUCUAGUAGAAAAGUUGUCCAAGAAACAAAAACAUCAUUGAAUAAAACUAAUACAUUCCUCGCUCCGCUCAGAAUCUAAAAUUACCUUUCUAAAGAACAAACUAGAGCCAAUGUUUUGAUAGGAAAAAAAUUGUGUAGACAGUAUAAAAAGAAAAAUAAACAAACAUCAUUAUAAAAUCAGUAUAUUCUUCGCUUAGCUCAGGAACUAAAAGAUUAGACUUUAAUGUAAAAACAGAUUUAAAAGUUAAUUUUUAAGCUUUCACUCAAGCUUUUUGUUUGUUUUUUAACAUAUCGUUAAAUUAAAAAUAACGAACAAGCGAUUACCUGCACAAUGAUAACUGACAAUUAAACCGGUAAAAAAUAUUCAUGCUGACCUUCUCCACUUUGGGCACGCCUGUUUUAUUUACUUAUCGUGUUCAUUUUUUUUUUUUAAUAGGUACGUAAUACUUAUAGUGGUAGUGUAUAAUGUUUGUUUAAUUGAUAAAUUAGGGGAAAAAACGAUUGCCGCAAAUUUCUAUACCUGCAGAAAUGAACCAAUAAUAUUUACUACGAUACCGUCAAAACAUUAUCUGAGUAAUUUAUACUGUAUAAUUAAUACAUACGACCCAUACGGGUGUGUCGUGUAGGUUUAACAAUGUCUAAAGUGUACAUAGGAACUGUAACUGCUAUACACACCAUGAUGGUAUAUAAUAUAAGUCACAUAUUUUAUUAUUCGGUGAAAAAAUAUGGGUCGUGUAGUUUGUAUAAUACCAUCACAACAGAACACAUCGGCGGUCCGUUUUCUAUAAUUUAAAUAUAAUUCAGAGCUGAAUAGAAUUCGCACAUGAUGUAUACAUUUGUGUUAUACAUUUUCGAGCGAUUGUUAUUAUACAGUCCAAGACAACAAAACAGAGUCGUAUAAAAAUGCAAAAUUUAUUAUGCUAUCAAAUUUUUGAUUCAUACUUAUUUUAUGAAUACUUUGAUAUUAAAUAUAUAUGUAUAUAUAUUAUAUACACGCAAUAAAGAAAACCAUCGCUAACGAAAAAUUAUUCUGCUUAAGAUCGGUUAAACAUAUGUUUUUACAAUUUUCGUCAAAAUUUGAAUUUUAAACGUUUAUAAAAAAAUCGUAAUAAAACUUAAAAGGCUUGACAGUUAGAAAUAGCUCAAAAAUGCCAUAUUCUUGAAUAUUAUACCAUGUCUAGAAAGGGCUAAUAAAUAUAUCUAUAUAAUAUAUUUUAAACUGAAUUACAAAAAAAAAAAAUACAAAUAAUACAAAAUCAAAAAUAACAGAAACCAUUAUUGCCUAAAUUUGUCCAUUUAACGAAUGUUUUUCCCCAUUAUUAAUAUUCAAGAAAACUACCAAGACAAUCAAUCACUCACAUCACUUAUACUAGAUACAAUUUUCUACCAGAAACCAUAUCUGAUGUUAAUGAUCGAAGCAAGAUUUUUGAUGGAAAAAUUGUUAACAGACAUAAAAGCACACAUGAUAGUAAAAUCAAUACAUGCAUUUGCCAUGCUCAGAAUCCAAAAGUAAAAUAGAAAAUUAUCGAUUGUUGAAAUCCGUACAUCCGGUUAAAAAGCAUUAUGUAUUUCUAUACAAUAUGCAUAUUAUAUUAUAAGUAGGUACCUGCAGUUUUGCAACGUCAUGUCAGUAUACUAGUUUGUCUUCAUUUAUGAUUUAAUCUGUAAAAAAAUGAUGAUAAUAAAUUAUUUAAUAAGUAUUAUUCAAAAUAUUUUAACUGGCAAAACUUGAAAAGUUUUAUGAAUUUCUAACCGCAUAAGUACCAAAGCGUAUUUUCAUAAAUUGAGUAAAACGAGACUGUGCUAUUUUAAAAUUAUUAUUCGUCACAUUUCAUUAUAUAACGUAUAGGUGUACUGUAUUUUACGCACGAUUCUAAUUCUAAUUUAAAAUCAUUGAGGAGUCGAUUAAUUUAUCGUUAGAUAUUUUACUUUUGUUCGUAUCUAUGUAGCAUUGUUUUGUUAUUUUUUUUUAGAAAAUGAGCUCAUUGAAAUAUUAUUGUCCAUAAAAAAAUCAUUACUGCGUGUUUUGGGCACAGUGCGAUUAUUUAUUUGUAUGCUUGAUAAAACUCAAAAACACACACACAGAUACAUAAAUACUUAUUUAGAUAGGCGGAAAAAUCGAACACCGUUUUGAUCUUUUCAGUGGUUAUUGUCAUUAUUGUAUGAAGUAGGUAGGUGAUUAUUAUAUUUUUUGAUCAAAAAGGAAAAGCGUUUUCAGUGAUAUGUACAAAACAGUAAUCUAUUGCGCUUAUAGGCUUUACACAGACAUUAAUGUAUUCUAUAUUACCCAGUAUAUACUUAACCAAAUUCCAAAUUCAAAAUAUUCUAUGCACGUGCACUGCGAUGUAUGAAGUGUAUAGACAUGUUUGUUAAAUGUUACAUAUACAAUUUAAGGGCGUGCACUGUUCAUAUUUUGUACGAAUCUGCUUACGACGCUAAAGAAAGAGUUUGUUUUUAAUUGUUUCACAAAAAUAAUAAUCCGAGAUCAUGUAAUUUGUUAUAUACAAAAUUAUAAAAUCCAUAGGUCCUACAUUGGAUUUAUAGGUCACAUGCCAUAUAUAAUUAUUCUGGAUUGUACUUCCAUUAUACGUUUUACACUAUCACAGUUGUGAGUGACCCAAUUUGUUGGUCACGCACGAGCUUCAGAAUCGAGCCACAAAAUAAUAUUAAUAUUAUUAAAACAAAAUAAUAUAUAGUUAUUAGUUAUUAAUAAUAAUUAUUAACAUAUUUAUUUUGAGUUUAUCAUUUGUAUUGUUUAUAUUUCAAUAAAAAUAUAACGACUAAAUAUCUGUCAAUAUUGAAAUAUAAUAAAUUUAAUUUAUACAACAUUGUACAAAUACUAACUAAAAUUUCUUUAUUUUUUUUUUUUCUUAACAUACAGGUUGUCAGGAAAAUACAAUCCAACAAAUUAGUAAUAAAUUAUACAAUUUCAAAAACCUAUUAUAUCACAUUAUGUAGUCUAUAUAGACUCAAAAUUGUAUGUUCCACUUUUGUAUCAUUUUCAUAUUAAUGUUGUUAUAUUUUGUGUCGAUUGUUUUAGACUCUGAUCAUAAUUUUCGUUGUUGAAAGUUCGUUUUUAUUAUUUUAUAUUGAUGAUUUUUAUUCAUAUAAUUUUACUAGGCGAAAAUACUACGAGGGCAUUAUGUAGGCCGCUUGGAAUCAAGUGCGGAUUAGGAAUACAUGUUGGCGUAAGAAAACGUACUUUUACUGGCGUACAACAAAUCAAAGUUGAUUUAUUUGGCUUUUAAAAUACAUUCGUUGUAUAUUCAAAUCUUAUAAUAUGAUUAAGAAAAAAAAGCGAAAUUAUUUUAUUGGUACCUAUUACUAAACGUCAAGUGAUAAUAAGAAUCUGCAAUAGCGUCAGAUUCUCCAACCAUAUUCACACGGUUUAUAUCAUUUUUUUUGUAAAUUAAUUCGGAACCGAUGCAUUAUUAUUGUCUAUAACAUUUAUUUUGAUAAAUAAAAAUAUUCUAAAUGGUUUACUUAAUAUAAUUAUUGUUUCUACCUGUGCAGUGCAUGGAACAGACAAGCAAUUCAGCCCGUAGGAAUAACCCUCGAAUUCCCCAUGGGCCAAUCCGCCCAUCAAAUUAUUCGUUCAAGUUUAAAAAAAAAAAAAAGAUAUACCAUCUUGUAUACAUAUAGAUAGGUACUAUAAAAUUGUUGACCUACAUUAUAAUAUAAUAAAACUAUAACUUAACAUUUUCAAAAACACAAUUUACAAUUUUUUUUUUUUUUUUUUUUUUUUUUUUUUUACGCAAAUAAUAAUUGUUAAUUAAAUAUUAUACGUAUAGAAAUGAAAAUGAUCGUGUAAUUAAUUGAUAUAAUAUAUUUUUAUUAAACAAAUUUAAUUUUAGAAUGAAGAGACAUAGCAUUUGUUCGCUAAUGAAGUCUUCGUCGUCGUGUGCAAAAAGAAUAUUGUUUAUGAUCUACGUAAUUGGAUUGGUCGUCAGCGAUAAUUUAGUAAAAUCAUAUCCGUCAUGGGACGCCCAAACAACAAUUACCGGUAAGUGCUUUUCGGAAUAAAUAUGAAUUAUAUUAUAAUUUAUUAAUUAUAAAUUCAAUCAGUAUAUUUCAAUUAAUCUAGAACAACUGAAGAUAAAACGAUAGGUACGAUUGAUAUAUUUGUAGGUAUACCGGUAAUUUAAUACACAAAAUACCAUUACAUACAAAAAGUCGUUAUUGUUAUUAACUUAAAAGCCAGAUCCAAAAAAGCUAACAUGUAAUAAAUCAUAGUGUUUUCAUUGUAAUUUGACUGAAACACAUAAUUUAAAGAAAAAAUUACUAAUUCAAUAGGUUUCCAAAGUAUUUUUUAACCACUGAACGGGUGAUAUUAUAACCCCAUUCCCUGCUAACGUUUCUAGGUCAAACGUUUUGUAGUUAAAGGAUGUAAUUUAGUUUAUAUAUUGAAAAUAAUAACAGAUCGGGGUGUUUGAAAAACGAUUCUGAGCGAAUCUCAACAACUGGUUAUGUUUUAGUAUAAAAGUCGUAUUUUUCCUCCUUGUAUAGCGAAGGUAUUAUCCAGAAAUCAACAACGUGUCAUCAUUAUUUUGUUUUUAGAUUUUUUAGUGUCUAAAUGAUGGGAGUCUACAUAUUUUAAGGUAGGUACAGUGUGAAGAAAUCGGAUCAUUUUUACUAAUCGGAAAAACGUGUUUUCCAAGAAAAAACCCACAUUUUUAUAAAAUUUAUCUGUGUAGUUUAUUGAUCUAUAUUCUAAGAGGGAAUCUGAGAAAAAAACAAAUAAAGGACUUAGGGGUAAACUGAUGAAAAUUCCGUUCAAUGUUUUAAAUAAAUUAUAGCCGGACAGAAAUUCCGUAUUUUUCGAGGUACCGCAUGAAAAACUUUUCUUUCAGAAAAAGAUCUACAUCUUAUAAGUCGGAGUGAGAUUUCUGAUAGAAAGUGUUUAAAUAAAAAAAAAAUGACCAUCUUUAUAAAACCAAUAUACAUUCUUCGCUACACUAAAAAUUUAAAAAGACAAUUUUUAAUCGAAAAGUGAUAGAGAGUUUUGAAAAAAUGUAUCAAAUAAAGUAAAUACAAAAUCCACAGCUUUAAUGUAUUACAUGAAAAAAUCUGAUCAUUUUUAUUAGCCGAAAAAAAAAUACACAGAUCAAAGUAAAAUUAAUAACUCCUUCACUAUACCUUCACAAUCUAAUAAUGAUAAAAUAAAUCAUAUAAUAUUACAAGUUUACAAAUUAAAAUGUCGUUCAAUCAAGUAAAAACUCGAAUCGAGUGUAUUAAAAUUUAAAAAUAUGUAUUAUAUUACAACCAAUUUUUUUUUAAACUGCUUAUUUUAAGGUCGUUAACCUCGGUCGAAAUAUAUUAUGUACUAUGAAUAAUGUUAUAAUUGUACGUUUUAUUCUUUUGCCAUAUUUAAAACCGUUAGAGCGUCAAUGAGGUAAUAAGUAUAGGUAUAGGUAGGAAAACGCGUGCGCAUAAUUUUAGUGUAUUGAAGUUUGUAAAUAUCUAUUUACAAAGCAUAAUAUAAGUAGAUAUAUACAUUUUUUUUUCUACAAGAAUUAAGUACAAACUUUAUUUGUUCAAUGGUCAAGAUAAUUUAAAUCAAUUGCUAUAUUAAAAACUAUUUUGUUUUUUAAAUACACCAUUUGUUAAUUAUAUAUUUUCCUUAUUGUACAUUAUACAUAUUAUACGUUAUUAUACAUUAGUUUCAUAUAAUUAUUGGUUUUAAUUGUUGAUGAGUUUUUGUUGAACAAAUGCAAAUGUCAUUGAUGAAUAACAGUAUACAUAAAUUAUUUGCGAAUAAUGAGUAAUAAUGACAAAUUUUUUUUUUUAAACUCAUUUCAGCACUUCAAUAAUUAUUACUUUUUAAAGGUUAUAUUAUGAUUUCGAUUUGUAACAAUUUUACAGAAGUUGGACUUAUAUAGUUGACCGCCUUUUUUAUUUAUAAUUUAAAUCGUAUAUUGACAGUUUAAUGUUUAAAAAUUUAGAUUAUUUGUUAUUUAACCAUUAAUAGUUUAAACCGUUUUUAACGUAAUGGUCUUGCUAUUAUUAUAUUUGUAUAUUUAUGUAUUGAACAAAUGAAACAUUUUAAGUUAACUAAAUAUAAACAGCGUCGAUACUGCUCAUGGGUAGGUUACUGUUGUACGUGGUAUUUUAGAUUUAUAUUGCAUCAAUGCAAUUAAAAAACGAUUUUGAGCGGAGUAGCAUGUCAUUUUUUUUGACCCGUAACUAAAGUAACCCAGAAAUCAAAAAAAAUAAAACCAAUUUAUCGAUAUUUGUUGUUGGUUUAUUACAUUUUAUAGGAAAAUUGUUGUCAAAUGAAAUACUAAGGAGUGAAAAAUCUGUAUCUUUUAAGGUACGAAACAAUUAAUUUAGAGCCUUCUCAUUAGUCGAAAAAGUAUUCUGAGAAAAACAUAAAAAAAGGAUAUAAUAAUAAUUUCGAGAAAUAUUUAAAAUAAAUUAUCUUCGGACAAAAAUUCAAUACUUUUUGGGGUAUUAUGUGUAAUAUUGUAACAUUUGUCUAAACAAAUAAUGUUAUUUAAAAAUAAGUAAUUUUUUGAAAAAGUAAUAAAAAUCUCGAAAAAUAUUUCAAAUAAAAUACUAAAAAUCAAAAAUCCAUAUCUUUUAAGGCACUAUGUAAAAAAAAUCUGAUCAUUUUUACUGGUUAAAAAUAGUUUUUCGAAUACAUAUUAUUGUACAAAUUAAUAGAUUUUCAUUCAAGAUCUAAUAUAAUUCUAGUAACUUGUAAAAUAUUAUUAAAACUUUUUAUAGGUAUAUCUACAUUGUUACAUUAAAAAAAUCAAUAUAAACGUAAAAGACCAGUAAACUCCUAUAAAGUUGUAUCAAAUUACGGUUAAAAAAUAGACGUUAUGUUUAGAUGAAACAUUAUGCUACCUCAAAAAAUGUACUUCUAAUAUAAUAUUAUUUUUAAAUAUUGGUACCUGUUCUGAAUCUAAAAUACUUGUACUUGGUCCGAAAAAAAAAAUGUAUGUCAAGUGUCCCAUAUAUAUUAUGUAUACUUAUAUAUUUUAUAAUAUUAUGCAGUUUACCUAAAAAAAGUACUUUAUAAAUAAACAAAAAUCGAACAUAGCAAAUAAAUUAGGUAAUCGCCCUAUUUUAUAAUAGAUAUACUAUAUAGUAACUAUUUACAAAUUUCUGUAACCUUGAGGUACAUUUAGAUAUUUGAAGUAUGUAUAAAUUAUUGUUAUAUAAGGAAAAUAUAACUAUACGGUAUUUUUCUACGUCGUUACACUAUAUUCUAUAGGUAGUUUCAAUGUCAUUUCUAGAAAGCGGAUGCUACUUUCUUUAAUUGAACACGGUAAUAGAUACAUACCUACAGGUAUAAUGAAGUAAAUAAUAGUCUUACGCUGUGCGUCACGAAUAACUCUGCCUAUUUAAUAACUGUUUGAAACGAGUCAUUAUUGCAGCCGCAGUGAAUUUAGAUUCUGAGUGGAGCGAAGAUGGUUUUAUGGUUUUACAAAGAUGUUUAUUUUUUUUUUUGUGAACAACUUUUCUACUAGCAAUUUUGCUCCAACUUUUAAUAAUACUAUAUUUUCUGAAAGGAAAUUUCACUAGGAAGGUACUUUAAAGAGGUCGUUUUUCAAAAACAUAAAAAAACCGGGAAAAUUAGUACAACACUAAACAAAUAUUAUUAAAGAAAAUUUAUAGAGCCCAUUUUAUUAUUUUACUAUAAUAUGGCAUAUAUAUUGUUGACAAAGCAUCACUAUUACAUGAAUUCCACUCUGAAUCCUUUUUCCUAAGCAAUGGUUUAUCAUUGCUUAUAGGUAUUCAUUAAAUUACUUAUAACAGUGUCUGCACCCGUUCCCAUUAUCCUAGGACGUCUUUUUUAAAAAUAAUAUCUUACCACGUUUAACGUAAAGUGAUCGUAACGGUGUUAUUGCAACGCUUUAAAAAGUAUAAUUCUCACAUGUUCGAUUAUUGCACAAAAAGUAAACUAACCAUUUGAAAGGAGGCUAAACCAAAGUUUAAAGGGGGAAAAACUUCAAAGGAGUCUAUAUUUACUGAAAACCGAGGCGUGUUACCGAAAACUAACUAAACCUAACCAAACUUUCAGGAAACCCAACACGGAGAAAGACUUUCAAAAUAUUUUUCACUCACACACAUUGUUCGUAAAAAUAUUAUACUAAUAAGAUUUAAAAAUAAACUUUACCCUCGCCUUUAAAUAUUUUCUUACGCAUACUUAUGGUAUAUACGCCUGCUCAGUAUAAUUACGUACAAUCUAAUGUAUAAUAUUAAAGAAUUUAUACUUAAUAAAACUAUAAUUCCGGUUUUUAAAAUUGCAUUAAAAAUGUCUCAGUAACAGUAACUAAUGUGCCCCCCUACCGUGCUUCAAAAACUUAAAUUAAGAGAGACUUAUAAUUUGCCGCAAUUUGUUUACCUAUAUUUAUUAGGUAGUUGUGGUCGGUUCCAUAGUUUUUUAAAUUAAUAAUCGGAAUUCAUAAAUCUAUAAUAGUAUAAUAAUUAUUAUUAUUUGACAUAUUUUUUGAUCAAUCUGAAUUUUGAAUAAUACCUACAAUAUGUUUUAAAAUUGAAUUCGGUGUCACUAACUACACCGUUAAUUACGAUAUUGGUCUCUAUAACUAACUGGCAACAUAGAAACAUUCGACGUUAUUUAGAAGUUAAAACAUAAACUGUAUACGUUUAGGUUGAAAUUAUAAUUGAAUCACGAAUAGUAAAAUUUAAAUAGGAGAAUAUCUUUGAGAGCGGUAUAGGUACGUCACUUUUCUAAAAAUACGACGUAUCUGCUAUUUAAAAAAAAAAGAGGUGAUACUGCUGAUGAAUGCACCACUGUUGUCUGUUAUAGGUGGGGUUUGAGAGAUAGGAUACAUAAAGCAAUUUAAUUUAUUUGAGAAUAUUGUAAACAACGAUAAAUCAUUGCUAAGGAAAAUCUAUUCUAAGUGAAGUUCUUUUAUACAUAAUUUAUAAGGCCGUAAUAUUUACGAUUCUUAACAAAAUUUUAAAACCAUUACAAAAGAAAAUUAUUACAUUUCAUUCUACUUUUCUUUUUUAACCACUAUAAACAAUUUAUAAUGAACCUCUUGUUAAAUUUCUACGCAUUUAUAGUUGGUCAAACAAUUAUAUCUACAAUCCACAUAGUGGUAUUUUGUAGGUAGUACCUAUAUACCAAAUAAAAGGUACGUAAGAAACACGCAAACAUAAAAUGCUUAUAAAUAGUUCAUCAAAAUGUCCAAGUCUACGAAUAUUUUUAAACUGAAUUACAAAUUUAAACUAUGAAUAAUUAAACUAUUUCCGCAAACUUUUCCAUUCUUUCUACGUUGUUUUUACUCUAAUUAUUAAAAAAAUACAGAGAAAAUCGAAAAAACAAAUUAUAUAAUGUCCAACGAGAUUAAAAAUGGAACAAAAAAGGUCUCUUGUCUUUUUUCUAUUUGGGCAAUAUUUCUAGUAGAUAAAAUAAAACGUAAACAUUUUAAAUAAUGAAAUCAUAACUUCGUAAAUUCGUCAGUAUUCAUUUUAUGUCUUUUUUCGGUUUUUCUUAAUUACUUUGAAAACCCUUUGGAAAAUCAAUAAUUAACCUUUAAAAUGCACUAACUAGAUAAAAUUUCCUUUCAGAAAAGUUUUCUGUUCGAAAAGUUGCUCACAUUCACAAAAAAAAAAAUAAUAAUAAUAAUAAAACACACACGUCAUAAUAAAACCAAUAAAUCCCUCACUCUACUUCAAAUCUAAAAAAACUAAUGUAGUCUUACAAUGUUUUGUUUUACAAUAAUUUUUUUAAAAAAAUCGACUUGUUGCACUUGAAAUAUUUUCUUAUUUCCUAUUCACGUGUUUAAGCUCUAAUUUCAACUCAAACACUAUAAUUUAUGUUCUGGUAACGUAAUUCUGUUAUGAUGUUCGUUAGUUACACUGGAACAGUAAAACAUGCGGGGUGUAUAGCUUCCUCUUUUGUAACAGGCAGUAAAAGAAUCUACGAGAGAUACUUUUUAAAACGGACGUUACACGUUAUAUUGCUACGACUAUUAGUUAUACACAAAAUAAUAUCAUAAAAUAUUUAGUUGUCCUUUUAAAUCUCGUGUAUAUAGGAUCGCCAGCGCGAUUAAAACUAUUAUGGUAUAAUUACACUCUGCAGCCACUGUUAUAUUUGUAGGUACCCAAAACCGUCCGUGCUGUAAGGAAAGAAACGGUAAAAAUGAUCAAAAAAUAUGUUUAUCUCACACCCUACGAGGGGGGGACUCAUAUUGAAAAGCGAAAAUAUAACAACGUAAAUUCGGACGACUAUUCGUUUCACCAAUGUAAUGUUUUGUGACACAUAAUAAGCGAAGAAAAAAAAUAUUAUUAUUAUUGGUAAAUAACAGUACAUAACAGCAGCAGCAGCCAAACAUAUUAUUAUUUCAUUCGAAACCCAAAGUAGAACGACAAUCGUACCUUGCAUUUUUAUUUUUUUUUCUCGGAGGCAAAAUAAAAUCACGUUUAUAAUACGCAACGACCGCGCGGCGCAGACAAUGCAAGAAACUAAACAUUGGCGCAUACAUUAAAAAACUUGUUUUUCCACUAUACCUUUAUAGGUACGGGUUUUUUUUUGUUUGUGGGCACAAUAUAAGACAAGAUAACUGUUAAUCAAAAUACACACAUACACACACUCACGCGUGAGCACACACAUACACUCUCUCAAUCUACUGACCCACUAACUAGCCAGACACAACUAUAAUAUAGUACGGUGUGUGCAUUGUCUAUUUCUAUAUUGUGUCAGGAUACACGUAUAAUAUAGUUACCUACUCCUGUUAUACUCCAGUAUAUCAGUCUUUUAUGUAUUUUACGAGCAUUUUUCAAAAAAAACACAAUGUCUCGUAUCUAUUAUCUUGAUACUUAGUACUUUAAAGCCGCUAGCCUAUUUAUUUUGAAAUCACGGCAUUCCUUUUUUUUUUUUUUUUAUGUUCGGUUAAAAACAAAAUGUUAAAAACACAUAAUAUUAUAACAACAGUGACUCCACCAGGGAAGAGUUGAGGAUUUAAUACCCCCCUCCUUCGAGAUGUGAGAUUUUUUACGAAUUCUAGUCGAAUGCAUUUAGUUGCAUAAUUUGUUUUACAAUUACAGACGGUUCUUUGUAAUUUUGUUUACGCGUACAUCGUGCACGUUACAUUCUUAACCCCUCCUCCAUACGAAAUAAAUAAAUCCUGCAGGUUGCGGCACUGUAUUACAAUAAUAAUUUACCAAUUCUAACGAACCAAAAACGAUAAUAUUUGGAUAGGUAGUUAGUAAAUUAUAUAACUAUUUUAAUUAUUAUCCGAUAAAUAGUGUUGGUUUUAAUAUCUUUCUACCUAUGCUCCAUAUUAUGUAUACGGAGGAUAAUUGCAGGUACUUGACCACUUAACUUAUGGGAAACUUUAUGUAAUAAUGGUCAAAUAAAUAUUGACUAUCUAAUGGAUUUUACGGAAAUAUGCUUGGUUGACCUUUAAAUUAAUUUUAGGGAACACUUAAAUGAUUUAGCAUACGGAUAAUUCGAUAUUUUAUAACGGACUACACGCUAUAAAAUACCUUCUUCUACCAUAUUUCGAUAUAAAAUCGUACCACAUGAUUACCUAAUAAUUCAUUUAAUACACACCCCACUUUACAAUAUAUAUAUUUAAUAUUAUACCUAUUUAGUAUAUACCGGUCAAAGCUUAUUCUGAGGAUUUUUAUCAACUACGAAUUUUGUUUAUAUAUCAGAAUAGAACUAUAAUUUCGAAAUAUGAUUUCAAAUUAUGGUUAAAAGUUAUAAAAUUUUUAACUUUAAGGUGGAAUAAUUUAAAAUUUAAGAAACAAAAUAACAAACAUUUGUGUUUAAAAUAUUUUAUUUUAAUUAAUGUUCUUUUUACUUUUUUCAUAAUAUGUAUACACACAACAUAUAAUAAAAUGUUAGAAUGUUUUUCUUAAAUUUUUUGUUUAGUUUGCUCUUCAAAUUUUUUUUUUUGCUGCGUCUAUAAAUAUCCCAUUAAACUAUUGGCUUUAAAUGUGUCUUUAAUGCGGUGCUCAUUUUGGUUUAACUAUAUCUGUAUUUUUAAUCUUAGGUCCCAAUUUCGAAGAGCAGACAUGUUAAAAUUAAUAAACAUUUUCCGUUUCUAUAUGAAAACUUUAAGAAUUUAUUGAUUUAAGAAUAUUUUAUCUCGUAAAAAAAUUAAUUUCACAGUUGAUUAGGGUGUCCCAGAAGAUAUACAUUUUGUAACGAUAAGGAUAAAGAUUACAAAUAUUUAUAUUUGCAAUUAAUUUUUUAUAUUUAGACAAAAAAUCUUAAAAAAUUGAUACAUUAUAAUUUUCAGAAGUAUAAACUCUAUUAAAUGACUGUCUUUAAAUUUUUCAAAAAUAAUAAAAUAAAAAGUUAUUUUUUAAGGUUUAUUUUAUCUAAAAAUAAAAAGCUAAUUGCAAUAUAAAUCUAUGUAGUCCUUAUCCCUGUGAGUAAUAUAAAAAAAACGGAAUUUAAUUAUCUCUAUUGUCUCCGGAGAUAUUAUAAUAGGUAUAUUUUCGUGGGACAUCUUGUUACAGGAUCCAUAACAUAUAUACAGGAUUCCUGUAUACUUAAGUUUUUAAUUUGAAUAUGUAUUAAAUAUAUCAAUUUAUAUAUCAUAAUGUUUUACAGUAGGUACAUAAUGAAUUUAUGAUUAUCACUUUUUUCAGUUUUUUAUAGUUAUUAUAUUAGUUUAAUAAAAUGUAUAGUAUCCUUAGCAUUUAUAAUUUACUUUAAUUGUACCUACACAAGCAAAAUAAAUUACCAUGUUUUCUUUUGAAUUAUAACUUUUUAUUAUAUAUGUAUACUAUUUGCACUUAAGUCACAUACUUACUAUUUAAUCAGUUUUGUUAUUUAAACAUUUAUUAUGAUUUUAUGAGAUAAAAUAUUCAUGAUCACCUUCUCACGUAUAUACUGUAAUAAUAAUAAACCAGCAUUAAAUUCCAAGACAGAACCGGUCCUAUAGUAUAUUAUUAAUAUUAAUUUAUCGUUUGUCAAUUUAUAACUAAUCAUUAAUUACUUUUUUUAUGAAAAUGAACAUUCAUACGUUAAUCGUUAAAUAUUAUGUGGUUUUUAUCAUAAUUUCUUAUAAUACAGUCAAAAUAAUAUUAUUAUUGUAUUAUUUUGCAGACUUUGGACGUAAUAUCAGACAAUUACCAUGCGUCAGCCGAAGGACUGGAGAUACAGGAAUUUGCAUGUUUGCUUAUUCGUGUGCUAAAGUAAACGGAACGCAUUUGGGUACUUGCAUUGAUAGAUUCUAUUUUGGUAGCUGUUGUAAAACUCCUGGCGGCGAUUCCGAUUUUGAAGUUAACGAACCUGAUAAUUAUUUGAAUAAUCUAGACAACGAUGUGGUCGGUCCACCAAUAACAACGAAUAUUAAAUUAAGUUCACAACCAACAAGCACCGACAAGUACAUUACUCAAACUAAUUCGCCAACUACUCUCACGAGUUUUCCAUCUUCAACAUUACUGACUUACAAGCCCACGACUAAAUUUUCCGUACCUUCUACUACUCCGUCGACUACGUCUACGUCUAGAACUCAAUAUACCGAGAUAUCGAAUUCUAAUAACACGAGACCGACAUUCACGACCAGUUCGCCCAAUUCAAUAUCGUCAACGUACUCAACGACCAUAGCGCACUCAACUAAACCUAUGGCUUCGACUACUUUUUCAACGGUAAAACCUUUGCUUAAACCGAGUUCUUUCAAACCGCCGAUUAAAGAUCCAGUCGUCACUACGGUUCAAAAACCUAAACCUCAAACGGUAAAACCAACUGUUCAAUUUACUUUGCCGAGUUCGACCGUAUCCAAUAGUCCGUAUUCGUCUAGCCAAGAAGCUACAAAACCACCUACAGUCACGAGUUCGUUUACUACAAUGACGUCAUUACGUCCCUUGAACACCACGGUUUCUGCCACGUUUGUCACCACAAAACCAGUAGUUAAACCAUCAAGUACUACGUAUAAAAUGACGACAACGCCUACGUCAACAACAGCAUCUCCACAGAAAAUUAAGCCACAAACACCUAAGCCAACGGUUAAACCAAAACCUACGUCUGUUAAAACGGAUCCUACAGUCACUUUUGAAUCCGUAACAAGCCCUUAUAUAACCCGUUUGCCGAUUGAAAAUGCCACUGAAACAAUUGUUAUUUCAACUACACCAACCACCAUAAAAAUCAAUCAAAACCAGACAUCGAGUUACAGCAGUUCUACGAUAACAUCUACCUCACCAACGCUGGUAACUUGGACUACACUCGACAAAAUUCCCGUAAUACCGUCCGAAAAUACGAAUUCUCCACCAAGUAGUAAGUUUUUAUUAAAAACAUUAUGAUAUUUAAAUAAUACGUAUAAUUGAAAAUGUGAUACUGUACUUAACGUUAUUAUAUUAUAUUAUACUUUAGUAACGUAUAAACCAUCUAGUGCUGACAGUUCGACACUUCCUUCUUGGGUUAAACUUCCAGUUGAGACACACGAACCCAACACAUCUGGAGUGCCAUUCAAUGAGAGUAGUACAAGUGAAUAUAUCUCGACAUUGAUGACGUCUAAACCAACUACUGUCCCAAGUCCGUCCGAUAACGACAUUAUCAUGACUUCAAAUAGUGUUUAUACAAAUAAUGGUAGUACAGUAAGUCCGUCGAGUCCAUCACCAAGUACGUCAGCGAUGUUUGUACAAACAACAACAGAUUCGAAUGAGGCUGGAAACACUCCUCUUAAUAUGUCCAACUAUAAAGACGGUAAGUGUUCAAAUUUAAGUGUAAUCGUACGAUAAGAUUUUAAAUUAACUAAUUAAUAUACUUUAUUUGUACACUAAAGUUUGCGGCAGACGACUUUUUCCAACAGCUAGAAUUGUUGGAGGUGAAAAAGUUUCUUUUGGCAAAUGGCCAUGGCAGGUAAGUCAAUGUGAAAUAAUAAAAUCAAAUUAUAAUACCAAAAUUAAUACGAUAUUUUCACUAAAAGAUUUCGCUGAGACAGUGGAGAACAUCUACUUACUUACACAAGUGCGGAGCGGCAUUAUUCAAUGAAAACUGGGCUGUAACUGCUGCACAUUGUGUUGAAAAGUGAAUACCCGCAUAACUUAAUCAAAUUGCGUAUACCACGUACAUAUUAAUAAAAUCAAUUUUUAAUAAUUUUCCAGCGUUCCUCCAAGUGACUUACUCCUUAGGCUUGGAGAACACGAUUUGUCAGUAGAAGAAGAACCAUACGGCUACGAAGAACGAAGAAUUCAGAUCGUCGCUUCACAUCCACAGUUUGAUCCCAGAACUUUUGAAUACGACUUGGCACUAUUACGAUUUUACGAACCAGUCAAGUUCCAACCUAAUAUUAUACCCGUUUGCGUUCCAGAAGACGAUUCAAAUUUCGUAGGAUCGUCUGCCUACGUCACCGGAUGGGGUCGAUUGUACGAAGGUAAACAUUUUGAGAACGAAAUACAAAGUCGAUAAAUGGUGAUUGUAUAAACUUUAUUCUUUUAAAUUGAACUAAUUUUUUUUUUCUGUUUAGAUGGACCUUUACCUAGUGUUUUACAAGAAGUGACAGUUCCCGUGAUUAACAACUCGGUUUGCGAAACUAUGUAUCGAGCAGCCGGAUAUAUUGAACAUAUACCGGACAUUUUUAUUUGUGCUGGUUGGAAAAAAGGAGGUUUCGAUUCGUGCGAAGUAAGUGUCAAUUAAAACAUAUACGAACGAUUUGACUUCGGUAGUAAACAAAUUGUUUGUUUAGGGUGAUUCGGGCGGUCCAAUGGUAAUUCAAAGACCGGACAAAAGGUGGCUGCUGGCCGGAAUCAUAUCGUGGGGUAUCGGAUGUGCUGAACCAAAUCAACCCGGCGUGUAUACUAGAAUUUCAAAAUUCAAAGAAUGGAUCAAUCAAAUACUGCAAUUUUAACGGACAGAAAACUACACCAUUCUGCAAUUCGAUCCAAAUCCAUCAAGUCGGUCGGUCAUAUAAUAUACACGAUCACAGUUUUUCGACAAUUUCGUUUGUUCCUAAUGCUUUUAUUCAAUUGUACUUAUACUGUUUUUUUUUUCGCACGACUUGCAACAAAAGAACAUCGUGCGAGAUGGUCAGUUCGAGUAUUAUCGAUACUGCAGCAGUUUGAAUAGUUUCUCGUUCGAUCGUACAUUUAUUGCUAAUAGGAGACGUCUAAUUUACGGUGAACGCACGCCUUUAUAUAGAUCACUGUAUAGACUAUAUUACGUUAACGGACGCAAUUUAAAAGAACAUCUAUUAGGUAGUAUAUAUAUAUUGAUUGACAUAUCGCAUAUUGUAUACUUGUUUCCACUAGACACUGCGUGUAUUAUUAUUAUCAUCAUUAUCAUUAUUAUUAUUAUUAUUAUUAUUAUUAUUAUUAUUAUUAUUAUUAUUAUUAUUAUUAUUAUUAUUCUUACACGACGUGGAAGUACGUUCAUCUUUAAUCUAUUGAUUGUCCAUCAGUGUAAUAGUUGUACUUUGCAGAGACCUUCACGAAUUGAUUAUUAAUCUAUACGAAGGACACAAUAUUGUUAUGACACACAAUGUAUAAUAUUAUGUUAUUUUUAUUUAAAACACGUCAACAUAACAUUCAAAUUGUAUACAGUUUAAUAGUUUUGAGGGUGUUUUUGAAAAAGAAAAAGAAAAAGAAAAAACUUUAAACGUAUUGAAAUUAUUAAACCAUUUAAAUUUGUUUGAAAUAAUACGAUUAUGCGAGUAUAAUGACAAUAAUUACUUUAGUAAACUGUAAUCCUGUCUUAUAAUAAAUAAAAUAAGUCCAAAAUGCAAAUGGUAUGUUCAAUUUUAACUACAGUAACAAAUUUAAUUAUUCCUGUAAUAGUAAUUAAGUUUAAAUGUUUUUACAUACACAAUCUGUGACACACCUAGGAAUUUUCAAUGGGAGGGUAUGUAUAGUAAAUAAUAAUCACGUUUUACGAAAAAUUUUAUAAUCUUCUUCGGUUAAAUACUUAACCCGGCAGUGAAAAUUUAAAAGCAGGAUCCAAAAAAAGUAAUUUUUAUUUUUAUUUAUUUUUAAUGGCAGAUUUUUUUAAAAAAAAUUCAAAAUUUAUAAUUUAAAGAUAAUAUUACUAAAUAAACAUUUAUAUCUGUUUGUUUUUACACCAAUGAUAUAAUAACAUAACCCCCCUCCGCGCACACUACUGCGUAAUACAGUCAUUUUAUUAGGUAGGUACAUAAAAAUAAUUGUUAAUUUUAUCAUUGAUGCAUUUUUUAUUUUAGUAUUUGUGUUUAAAUCCGAUUUUUAACAGUCAAUUUUAAAUGUUAAGCAAUUAUGGUAAAUGUUCCGCAAACAAUUAUUAUUGUUCAAUUAACCGUUUUAUUGUUGUAUUAAAUUUGAAUAUAAAUCACAAAUAACUCCGAUCAAAUUAAAACACAUAUUUAAGUAAAUAUGUACCUACCUAUGUUUCAAAUAUUUAUCGAACAAUUUUGUCAAUUUAUUUAUUUUGUCAUAUUUAUUGAUUUAUUAUAAUAUACCUAAGUAGUACCUGUAUUUUUUGUUAAACGCUAUACCACAAGUACAAUUUACCAUUAACAAUUAUUUACCGGUUUAUGACGUUUACUAUCAAAACGUAAUAUUAUAAAUUUGUUUUAAAUUUCUCAUUGACAACACGCCCAUUUAUAGGAAUAAGUAUCUUUUUACGAAGUUUGAGCUUAAAGGGAUGUUUUUAAACAAUUAUUUAUACAAAGUGAACGGGAAAUACAUAAUUAUUAUUAUUUUAUUUAAUAGUAUCGUUGUAAUUUAUUGUUAAUAUUUAAUUAAAUUUAUUUAUUAUUUAAUAAAUUAAUUUCUUUAUUGUGAUAUAACUUAUAAUUUAUUGUAAAAGUAAUAGCAAAUUUGUAUUGUAUUAUUUUUACGACUAUAAAAUCGUACAUUUCUAAGAAAUUAUAUAUGCAGCACGUUUGUUUAGCAUGUGCUCAUUAAAUAUAAGUAUUAUAUGUUUAUAAUUAAAUAAUAUUAUAUUAGUAUAAAAGUUAACGUGUUUCAGAGGACUCAAUUAUUAUUGUUUCUAAAAAAAAAAUUUUGUCACAAUAUUGGUAUUAAUUUUUUAAUCGCGGUUGAAAAGAUAAUGAAAUUUUUACAUGUUUAUAUGUUCCUGAAAUAAAAGAAUUAUAAUAUAAUAUUUUGUAAGAAUAUUAUAUUUAAAUUAACACGCAACAUAAUCGUAUGAAUUCAUAUUCUCAAUAUUAUUUUAAGGCGUUUUCAAUAGUAAAUAAAUACAUUAUUAAUUGUAUAGCGUAUUGAUUUAAUGUAAUACUGACUAUACGCUGGUUAUGGUUUAAUAUGAAUACUUUCGAUGUAUUAAUAAUAAGGCUGGGUGUAAUUUUGUCGAUAUAAUUAUUUUAUUGUAAGAGGAUUACAAUAUAGAUGAUAUUAUUAUUGAAGAUUCUCUGAAACACUGUACACACAGCAAUAAUUAAAUUAUCUAUUUAAAUUAUAUGUUGUGAACAAAAAUGUAUUGUGAAUUGUAUAAUGUAAUGUGUAUAGGUAUAGGUUUUACGUUUUAUAAGUAACCAAUCAUGUGUGUACAAUAUACAUAUUAUAUGUAUACAUACUUAAAAAUAUUUAUUAAUUAUAAAAAUGAUUAUCGUAAUAUAUAUAUAUAUAUAUAUAUAUAUAUAUUAUUAUGAUGGAAUCAAUUUUCAAAACAAG